UUUUAACUGCUCUUGCGUCCUCAAAGCACCGUUGUUAACCUUCUGCUUUUAAGCACAAACGCCAACGGAAACCUACGAUCAUCUUUUUUAACUGCUGUCUCUUGCUUCGGCUCCGAACCAUUUCAUUACCGUUGCAACGAACCAAAAUUUAAAAUCCAACCUCACACCCUGUGUCCCCUGCUCAUUUCCAAUCUCUCCCCCAAACACACAAAAGCCCAAAACCAAUCUCUCUCUCUCUCUCUCUCUCUCUCUGAUUUCUAUAGAACCAAAAAUGGUGUGCAAGGCCCUCAAGAGAACCCCAACAAAGUCAAUUAGAGAUCACCGGGGCAGCCGCCGCCGCCAGCGCAAGAAAUCUCCAGUUAAGAUUGAGCCGGUUGCUGCCUCUUCUGUCAUCCUCACAUCCAUCAACAAAACCAUAUACUCAUGCAAGCGCCGCCUCGCCAAGAUCUUCUACAAAUUGGCCCGCAUUAGCACCCCAAAUAGCCGCUAUAAAGGCUACAAAAUCUUGAAGAAAGGAUUCAAGGACCAGAGACAAGAACUCCAACAGGAAUACGACCUUGAAAGAGAUAACAUUUGCCGUGCGCUUUUCUUUUACGAACAAUUACCGCCCUUGAUUUCUCCCACCAGAAGGACCAUCUUUCUUGAUCUUGAUGAGACCUUGGUGCAUUCCAAACCAGACCCACCACCUCAAGUGUUUGAUUUCAUAGUGAGGCCAAAUAUUGAUGGAGAAUUUAUGAAUUUUUAUGUGUUGAAGCGGCCGGGAGUUGAUGCUUUCUUGGAGGCACUGGCUGCAAAGUACGAGUUGGUGGUGUUCACUGCCGGAUUAAAGGAAUACGCAUCGUUGGUUCUUGACAAGCUAGACGUGAAGGGGUUAAUUUCACACCGUCUAUAUCGGGAUUCAUGCAAGGAAGUUGAUGGGAAGUAUGUUAAGGACUUGUCUGGGAUGGGUAGGGACUUGAAUAGGGUAGUGAUGGUUGAUGAUAAUCCUAACUGCUACAUUUUCCAGCCGGAAAAUGCAGUUCCGGUGAGGCCUUUCAUUGAUGAUCUUGGUGAUGGGGAGUUGAGGAAGUUGGUUAAAUUUUUUGAAGGGUGUGAUAGUUUCGAGGAUCUGAGAGAUGCUGUGAAGCAGUAUGUUUGGGAAAGGGACGAUACAAAGAUAAAUGUAUUAAUGUAGGAUUUUCUCUUUUGUAUUUUGUUAGGUUUCUUGUUCGCGAAAUGACUGAGUUGAACAAAAAAUUGUUCAAUCCCAAAUGAAAGAAGAAACUCAGAUGAAAAUAACAGCAUUUUAUUUAUUUCUUAUUCAA